ACUUAACACACUGUUCUGAGUGUUCCUGUAUUUUUGUUUCAUACAGUUUUAUGCUGGUAUUAUAAUGAACUUACUACAGAAUUUAUUUCAUCAUGUGUUGAACUUGCUAUAUUCCAGCCUAUGUUAUAAGGAUUAAAAAAAUGGAUUCUUUGAAGUAGAUGCAAUGGAAGCACUACAGUUCAGCGAUAUCUUCUGGCUACUAACAGAAUUCAAGGAGACAUGGCUGGAAAAGUGUCUCAGGUAUUUUUCUUGAUUUGGAAAUUCAGUCUUUAGUUUAUGAUACAGAAGUAUAACAUCUGAAAGAGAAAGAAAAGGAAUUUUGCUAAUUCACAGGUUUUUUUCCUCUGCCUAGGAGGAAUGUAUGUGGAAAGAAAAGUAAUCUUGUCUUAAAAAUCAGAGGUGCAGUUCACAAAACAUGACAAAAAAAUGCCCUUUGGAUUAUCUAGGAAAAUGAAGGUCACUACAAAGUAUACAAAUUAACACUUUUACUCUGGUUUUAAGUGCUAAUGUCAGCCUCUCAUCUUUGACUAUGGUGUCUAAACACCAUCUCAUAAACUCAUAUAUAGUAUAAGUAUAUAUAAGUAUAUUAAGUAUAUAUACUUCAUCUCAUGAACUGACAUGCAUAGAUGCGUGUAUUUGCCUAUACACAACCACUUAAAAAUAUUCUCAUAACCUUGUUCGUUGCUACUGUCAGAUUGGAGUGGAUGAAUUAGCCACAGGUAGAAUAAUACCUGUCUCAACAACAGCCUUGCCUUUCCUUCUUUUUAAGUGACAAAGGAUGACUUUUGUAGUUGGUUACUUGCAGAUCUGCUGGAAUUAAGCAAAUUGUUGCUCUGUUAGAACUUUCAAUUCUCUUUGCACAGCUUCUUAAAAAAAUUUGGCACAGAUUUCUAAAUAAUAUCAUUGGACUUUGUUGUCUGCAUGAAUCCAUCUGAGAGCUUGUUCAGAUAAAGCUAUAGUAGUUCUGUUUUCUGUAGGCUCAUGAGUAAGGCUACUCGAGCUGUGGUUGAUCCCUGAAUGUUUUUCCUAGUAAGUAACAGUAGGCCAAGAAAAUGGAAAUACCUACAAAUCUGGUAGAUUGAUGUUUGUUGUUUAAUAGGAAGUUUAGUACUCUUGCAGAUGACAGAAUAGUAACUGUGGUGGGUCACACUGAAGGUCACUGUAACCAGUGUUAUGUCUCCAGCAGAGGCCAAAAGUGGGUGCUUAGAGAAUAUAAGAAUAUAAGAAUAUAAGAAUAUAAGAACAAAACAUGUAGUAUUUCUCCUUUGAGUGCCUCCAAAUACAUGCUGCCCAAAUGUUUUGAACAAUUCUACUUCAUUAUGGAUACUCUAUGCUAGCCCAAAUAACAAAACAUAUUCAGUAAAUGCCAAAGAUAUUUGGUCAGGAAAACAAGGUCUUUCUUUUAGGAAUUGUUAAGUAAUGCUAUCUCUUUGAGGUUUUGUUCUUUAAAAAAUGAAUAUUCUAAAUUGGAACUAAUAACUUGAGUAGUUUAAAGAGGACCACCAUUUGCUUGAUGAAUUUCCCAAACUCUCAACAUGAAGAGAAAGGUUGGUCAAGACAGGUUGUGCUGGGAGAUAAAAUAAAAUAAGAGAUAAAGAGAUAAAAUAAGCUUCUUUGUAUUUCAGGAAGUGUUACAGGAGCUGCAAGAGACAUCAUCUAGCUGGUAGUCAGAAGAAACAACAGGAUUUUGCUGACCUCCUCAUUUGUACUUGUACCUGUUGAAAAAAAACCUGAUUGUUUCAGAUGUUUCUCUGGGCCUGUCUUCUGUUAAUACAGCUGUUAUCUCUAUCUACAGCUUAGACAGAUUUGAGGGUAGUCUUUGAAGCGUAAGGAAAGUGAUGUGCUGUAGGAUGUGUCUGAACUUCUCGUCCUUGACAGCAAGAACAUAUUGUGUUAGUAUUUCUAAGUGUCAUUAGCUCUCUCAACAGAUCUGCUCUGGAAAUACUUCUGUCUGCAUUGGAUUUAUGAACUUGAAAAGGUACUUGGUUAAGAACUAUGCUAUCAGGGUUUUUUCUUUCUGGAAGGAAAGACAAAAGAAAACUUUACGAUUCUCAUUCUAGACGCAAAUUCAUAUCUAACUCCUCUCUCUCAUCAAUCUGCUAAAAUCCCAGGUGAAAGGUGCUUGAUAUAAAUAAAGCUUAUAGCAGAAAUUACAAUAGGAGGAAAGAGAUCACUCUUGUCUAAGUAAUAGCUAUGUGUCUGGAGAGGUUUAACAAGACCACAAGCAGAGAUCAUCAGGUCUUGGCAAUAGUAGUCAGAGGAUCAGUGUUAAUUGUGAGACAUAGAUAACCUUCAGAACAUGUCCAGAUUUGGCAAUUUUACCAAAGUACACAGAUUACAUAAUACAUAUUUAAACCAUUCAAACAUUUCCUUCUAUCUUUGAUACAAAACAGCUCCCACCCACUUGACCUUAUAGAGCGAGUGAUUCAGAUCUAUUGGCUCUUGGUUGUGGAAAAAUCUGCCUUGAGGUCAGUUGUGGUUCAUACCACAAGCAGCCAUCCUUUCUUUACUCUGCCUAACUCCUGCCUGCUAUUUUAAAUGGACACAAUAUCCUUACUUUCAGCUUCAUUUGAUUAAGGGUCUGCAUAGAGUCAUAUGCAAAGUAUAAGGACCUCUGAAUGCUGUGUAUGUGCAGGAGCCUGUCUGUGAGCUGGCCCCUGUUGGGUCUAAGCAGAAGGUAAAGGAGGUGACUGUGACUCAAAAUCCAGGCUUGGGAAAUACUGAGAGAGAGCCUAGAGGAGUCCAUUGCUGCCACAUUGAUGGAAAUCCUGUGUGAAUUCCUUCCCACCUGCUGGAAAGCAGCAAAUUGUAGCAGCCCAGAAAAUGCUUGAGAUGUGUCAGAACUUCUGAGUUCUGCCAUGUCCCUAAACAUCUUUCCUGAAACUGGAGGAGUUUUUUUUCCCUGCCCCGCCCCCCAUUUCCUGUAUAUAACAAUCAGACUUUAGUAAUUGCAACUUUUCUUUUAAUUUUCUGAGUUACAAGCCCACAUGAGGCCUUUUGGAUUCAUUAUGCAUGAACCAGUGUGUAUCUGGGGAUGAAUAAUGUUCCAUCUUACUUUCUUUUUUCCCCUUGCUCUGAAUGGUUGUUUUUUAACAGAAAUGCCUUUUUCCUUUUGAGAACUCUCAGAAAUAUGUUCCUUUAAGAACCUCCUACAUGGUAUGUAUUUGCAAUUUGUAAACACAGUAUGUCAAAGAAUGAUUUGAUUCAGUGGUGAGGCAGCCAGAUAUUUGUAUGUCAUGAGGUCUAAGGGAAACAAACUGACCCUCAGCCUUCCCCCAUCCAGGCAAAUUCUGAUGGGACCCUCAAAUAGCUCUGGCAAAGUGCUCUGUUUCUUUUGGACUUGAUGAAUGCUUUUUUCUGUGAAGACAUGUAAUUACUCCUUCCUUUAUUUUGCCGCACAAGUUACCAAGAGAAGCAGCUUAAAACUAAAUAUCACGUGGAGGGCUCCAGCAGGAUGACCAGCAGUCACACAGACUGUCAUUUCUGCCUGCAGUCUCUCCGUGGCAGGAAAUAUGCACUAAGAGAUGAAAAUGCUUACUGUGUUCCGUGUUACGACAGCCUGUACGCCAACCCCUGCGAAGAGUGCAAGAAACCCAUUGAGUGCAGCUCCAAGGAUCUGGCCUACAAAGGUCGUCACUGGCAUGAGGGGUGCUUCAGGUGUGCCAAGUGCAGUCGCUCACUUGUGGAGAAACCAUUUGCUGCCAAGGACGAGGUCUUGCUGUGUACUGACUGCUACUCCGAUGAGUAUUCAUCCAAGUGUUUUCACUGCCAGAAAACCAUUAUGCCUGGUUCACGUAAAAUGGAAUUUAAGGGAAGUUCCUGGCAUGAAUCCUGUUUUGUUUGCCAGUAUUGUCGGCAACCAUUGGGAACAAGACCAUUAAUCACCAAAGACAAUGAGAAUUACUGUGUGCCCUGUUUUGAGAAGCAAUUUGCUCACCAUUGCUAUGCUUGCAAAAAGGUUAUAACUUCUGGAGGAGUGACCUACCAUGACCAGCCUUGGCAUAAAGAGUGCUUUGUGUGUGCUGUGUGUAAAACUCAGCUGUCUAGGCAAAGAUUCAUUUCCAAAGAUGAGUACCCAUACUGCGUAGACUGUUUCAGCAAAUUUUAUGCCAAUAAGUGUGCUGCUUGCAAGAAACCUAUUACAGCUCUCGGAGGUGCCAAAUACAUCUCAUUUGAGGAGCGUCAGUGGCACGGGGAAUGCUUUAACUGCGUGAAAUGCUCUGUCUCCCUGGUGGGCCAGGAAUUCCUCACUCGGCAGGAUGACAUCCUUUGCCACAAAUGCGGCUCGGCUUCAUAGUUCUGUGGAGAGCUGUGCAGCUCUACAGCUUCACUAUUCCCACUCUGCUGUAAGAAAACCAGAUAAAAGGCACUACAGUUAUUUAGUCAUUCAAGUAAUUUUGCAACAGCAGUUUAACUCCGUCCUAGCUCGCAACUGCUUAUAAACAAAAAUUAAACAACCGCCCCAUAGUGCUUAAUAAAACGAUGCAGAUAAGAUUUGUAUAUAUUUUAAGCCUAACUCGAGUAUGUUUUCCUUGUAACACACUGCACUCUGCUGUUAGAAUCUCAAAAAAUUGUCUUUUAUCACCUAUGAACCAGAGAGGAUUUAAAAGUCUGUCUGGCAUAUGAAUAAUGAUGAGGCGUUAGCACUGAUUCACAGAUGCAGAUCUUGGCAGGGAAAGCUGGGCACAAGCAUUUUUCUAAUGGAUAAUAACAUUGAAGAGAGCACCUUGUAAAUAUUAUAUUCUUCCAUACUUUGGGCAAAAAAGAUGCUGAAAAAGCAGGCAGAAAUUGUGAAUAGGAGGUGCUUUCACUGCAGAGUCAGAGAGGGCCAUUCAAAGGGACAAUUCAAUGGGAAAUAAGGUCACUUCCCUUACUGGGAUUGCUACCCAAAGAAGUCAGCCAAAACACUACACCACAGGUCCUUUCCCAAAACUGGGUAACUGCACUUAAUUUUUUAGGCAUAGCUGCUCUAGAACAUACAUAAACCCAUAUUUUCAGCUACUGCAAGAGGUAAGGAUUGCCCAAGAUUGAACAGUGCUGACAUACAUUUUCCCAUAAUCAAUAUGCCUUAAGACUUUUUCCACUACCUUUGCUAUACCUUCAAAUACAGGCCUAAAAUAUAUAUUUUUUUAUUAGUUGACACAAGAGCCAAUUCAUACUGGUCCCUUUAAUCUUGUACUUUCCUUCAUUUAAAACCACUUUGCCAGCAAUUGAAGCCCCGUUAAGGACCUUACAUGCUUGGUCUUUGAUUCACAGUUCAUUCCUACGCUUGUAAAUUCCUUCUUGUGGACAGCAGACUAUAAACUCUCCAGAACCAAUUCCUGAUUCAUUUCACCAUUAACCACAUGUGUUUUUAACAGUAUGUCAAGAAUUAGUAACUGUCAUUGCAAGCCAAGCAGCUCUUGCUUGCAGUACAGGGCCUUAGUUUCUAGGUAGCCAGCCUUUAUAUCUACUUGCUGAGCUCCAGCACUCAAAUAUCUACUAUUGAAGGGCAACUAGAACUGAGUUACAAACAGCUAUCUUCUUCCAUAAUGUGUGUCACAGUAGCCUGGUUCGUGUACUGGGACACAGUGGAUGGAGCAGUGAUGUUAGGAAUGGCAGGUUCUGCACUGUCCAGCAGAGUUUGUGUCCUCAUCUCGCAUGUAUUUGAGUCAUUCUUCUUUAGACUCUAACCUUGAGUACACAGAGUUAUUUGGCUAACUUGGGUGGCUCUCAUUCAUAUUGAAGAUAGACACUACUUUGGGUAGAAAAGUGAAAAAAAAAAAAAAGAAUAUGUGUGCACGGCUAAGCCAGGGCAAAAAUGCAGUGGCAUGAAAUCACCUAUGGAUUAUGACUGACCAAUGAGUACACAGCAGUCUGUUGUCAAUCAAUAAAAUAUUGAUCUUUUGCUCUAUGUGGGGUUAGUUUUUGGUUUUCAUCUUCUUCUUUUAUGGCAGCUUUUAUGGCAGUCUAGAGUUUGAAUAGUUUACAUUUUUCAUUUUACCCCAGCUUCUUCCUUUUCUAUUUACACAUCUCCUAUGGCUGACACAGGUUCUUGGUAAGGUUUAGAUUCCCAUAAAUAGAAAUAUAUUUCAUUGCCUUAUAUGUAUAAAUAUAUAUAUACACACAUAUACAUACAUACAUACAAACACACAGACAUAGUGGCUCACGGUUAUGUAUGACGUUCUAAAAAUUUGCACUGUUAGUACAUGUUAACGGUCUUAAAUUUUUUAAUUAAAAUUAUGAAUCACCGUGUUUGGCCUUGUCUGUGUGGUGUACCUUUUGUUUGUGUGAAAUAACAUUCAGCACAUCUCAAGAGUGUGGUUUGGGGCCUUUAUUCAGUCUCCUCUCAAGAAUCAUAAAUCUUAAUUACAAAUUGACGCAGGAAUUACCAGGCAGCCUCCUAAGACAUGGGGAUGUCACAGGUCAGACACACUGAUCAUGAUAAUCCUAGUCUUCCAGCCUUAACAUUUAUGAAAAUGAAAUUCUUCUCUGACUCAUCAACUAAUUAUAUUUUUAGAAAUACCAACUGAAUUAUUUAUUUCUUCUGCAGUAAAUACUGUACAGUCAAAUCUGA